CUGUGAGAGAGAAUUGUGUAGUUAAAAAUUUUAAAUAUUCAAAUAGGUAGUUAACAAAACUUCUUAAAUGUUAUUAAUAAACAAUGCGCUCAGACAAUUAAUAGCGAUCAGCAAUAAGUUGUUUAAUUUUUACAAUAAAAAUUACAAAUACUUAUUAUAAAGUCGUCUUGAUAUUGUGAUAUAAUAUGCAGAGUAUAAAUAUUGAUUUAACAUUUUUACAUUUAUAUUAUUUUUAUGUAUAAGUWAUAUUUUAAACAAUGGCAAAGCGUUAUUUUAAAAACACAUAUUCAGACAGUCAUGAAAGCGAUUCAAAUUCAUAUCACGAAUUUUGGAAAGAUAAAGUAAAUAGCUUGAUGCAACGUGUAAGUCGAAAUGCUUCAUCAUCAUCAAAAAACACCUUGUAUACCGGAUCGACCGGUAUUGCAUACAUGUUUUAUCACUUGGCUAUAUCAAACGAGUUCAAGAACGAUCCCUCAACCUAUUUAAAUAAAGCAAUCAAAGUUCUAAAACUUAAUGAAAACAGUUUUAAUCAAAAAAAAUCAAAUCAAUUUAUUAGCGGAGAUGCAGGAGUAAACGCUGUAAAUGCCGCAAUAUAUCAUCAAAUUGGUGAUGAGAAAACUGCAGAAGUGUAUUUGAAAUAUUUUGAGGAUGGGGUGACUGCUUGCAAGCCGAUACAUUCUUUGAAACCGGGAGACGAUGAACUAUUUGUUGGUCGUGCGGGUUAUCUCUAUGGAGUUUUAUGGUUAGAAAAGGUUUUUGGAAGAAAAAUAAUACCUGACCAAGAUGUUAUUGACAUGUGCUUGACAAUAGUAGAAUCUGGUCGUCAAUAUUCAAAAGCAAAUAAAAGCUUGUUUCCCCUUAUGUACUCAUAUCACGGCAAAGAAUAUUUAGGAGCAGCUCAUGGUUUAUGUACAAUUCUCCAAGCAUUAAUUUCAUUUCCUUGUUUCAUUAAAAAUGAACAAAAAGAUGUAGAAGAUAUCAAAAAAUGUAUAGAUCUAUUGGUAUCCCUACAAACGUCCACUGGCAAUUUUCCUACUAAAAUACAGGAAUCAGGAUCAAAACAGAGACCCGAGGAAGAUGAAUUGGUCCACUGGUGUCAUGGAGCUCCAGGUGUUAUAUACUUAUUAGCUAAAGCAUAUUUGGUUUUUAAAGAACAAACUUAUUUGGAAUGCUGUUUAAAAUGCGGAGACUUAGUAUGGACAAAAGGACUACUAAAAAAAGGCCCCGGCUUGUGUCACGGAAUAGCUGGGAAUGGAUAUGUUUUCUUACUACUAUUUAGGUUGACCGGCGAUAAAAAACAUUUAAACCGAGCUAUUCAAUUUGGUAAAUUCAUAUUCACCGAUGAAUGUAUUCAAGGAUCUAGAAGACCAGACAAUUUGUACAGUUUAUAUGAAGGAUUAGCUGGUACAGUGUGUUAUUUAAGUGAUUUAAUGCAACCGGAGAAAGCAAGUUUCCCAUUUUUAGAUGUGUUUUAAUUCAAUCUUUUGUUGAAUCAACUAUUGAGUGAAUAUAGAUUGUAAAUAAUGAUAUUGCCUGUUUCAAAUGUUUUGAAAAUGGAUGUACAUUUUUAMAUGUUUUUAUGACAACUUUAAUUCUGUAUGUCGUAUAAUACAUUGUGAAUAAACCAUGUAAAUGUUUAUAAAUGACAUCAAUACUUAAUUUUUCAAUUUAAUUAAUUAUGAAUGUCGAAUGAAAUCAUAAUGUAGAUAAAAUUAUAUAGAUUAUUGUAUCAAAAUUCAAGGGUAUAACCAGUGUUUUUUUAAAUGGAGAUGGGGUCACAACUAAUAAACCCUUUUCUGUGGCGACGCUACUAUCUAAAUUGUGAAUGAUAUUAUCUAUACAAGUUUCAUGUUUAUGAUAUAAAAUCAUUAAUUUGUAUUUAAGCCUGUUCAUUAUUUAUUCUUCAGAUUAAUGUUUUCGUUUUAAAUUAUAAUUUUGUUCAACUAA